AUGGCCAAGCCCUCGUCGCCCGACCAGAACCGCCGCGGCAGCGUCGGCACGGUAGACACGGACGACGAUCUUGAAGAGCCGUUCGACCUGGACAUGGGCGUGGAAGCCGUGGCGCAGCUCCUGGCGCGCAAGGCCGAAGAGCUGGCCCAGCUGCAACGCACUCACGACGAGUACGUCAAGUCCAGCUGCGAGUACGAGCGCGAGCUUGAGAUCGAGGUCGACCGGUACGAGAAGAAGACGCAGCAGCUCGAGGCCGUGACGUUGCAGCUUGAGCGAGACAAGAGCGACCUGAGUGACAGUGUCAAUGGGGCCAAGGAGGAGCUCUCGAGCUCUCAACGUCGAGAGCACAUGCUGCAGACGCAGCUUGAAGAGAUGAAGUGGAAGAUCCAACGACUCGAGCAAGUGAACGACGAGCUCGAGACCGCGGCCCGCAUCGCCCAAGCCAGUAUCGAGGACCUCCAGCACAAGUCCGAGACGCUGCUGGAGCAGAACGUGUUCCUGCAGCACGAGAAGGAGGAGCUGCUCAAGCAGCUUUCAUCCAUUAUCAUUGCAGAGGUGCACCCCGCCACCGCAGGACAAGUGUCGAUCUCCAGGAGUGCGAGCGCUCGCUAUUCCCGUAAAUCUUCCUCUCACGUGACGGAACCACCUCCCGCGGCCCCAGUUCAGCAGGAUAAUACUCGGAAAGGCAGGAAGCGAAAAGGGCGGCGCCCGGAAGUGCUGGAGACCUGUCUCCACCUCACCUGUCGAAAGUGCCGGCAUAAUGUACCACACGCACACAACGGAGGCAGCGACGAGCUGGGACCGGUCGCCGCGUUCUUUGAAAGGCUCCGAGUUUUCCUGUUCGGCCCCGAGCGCGAGCGCUGAUCUACUCAAUUUUUGGGGGAUGGAUGGCUCAAGACUCCCCAGGAUCUGGCAUUGAAUCGGCUCACUUCCUAAUCGACUGUGUUCCCCACGCAAGCGAUACCAACAAGCUCUUCACCGACUCAACGACACCUCGGAGGCUGUACAGCAAUCAUGGAGCGAUUCACCACUCUCUCGGCGACUCUGCUGUUGUUGGCGAUUGCUUGGAGUGUCGACGCCAAACCGUGCACGGACAAGGAGCUGAGCGUCUUCAAUGAAGUUUCUGCUCAAGUGAACAAGUGCCGCACGGACACCAAUCUCAACUUCCAGAUCCCGCCGCGUUCGAGUCUAGCGACGAAGCAGCAGUCGGCUCUGUGCAAGUCAAAGGCUUGCCAGACCAUGAUCGGAGCCAUUGACGACUUGGACAUUCCCCGCUGCGAGGCGGCUUUCGACAAGAAGAACAUGACUCUGCAAGCUGGUCUCGACAGGUUCG